AUGGCUCGCUUCAUCGCUCUGAUUCUUCUUUCGGUUCCGGCUACGAUUGCUGGUGAUGCUUACGGUGGUUCGGUCCCAGCCCCGAUCCAGAACCACGUCACCGAGAAUCCUGAAGCUUUCCAAUCCGACUUCCACCCCCAACAAGCCUUCCAGCCACAACCUUCCGGACCUUUCCGUCAGCCCAGCUUCUCGCAUGAGAUCUACCCUCGCCCCCAGUUCUCGAGCGGCGGCUCUUCCUACGGUCUUCCCCCCGCCCCGGCUGCUUUCCAGCAAGAAAGCACGGCUUCUUCGACUAGCGCUCAAUUCACGAUGCCAACUGCCCCGACAGUUGUUCCGACUGUUCUCCCAUCAGUGAACGAGCAGCCCGUCCACGAGCCGGUUGCCAACCAGAAUUCCGGAAGCGCUGGUUCCGCUUAUGGACUCCCACCGGCUCCUCAAACCGCUGCCACUGAUCGCUACACCACCUCCACCGCCACCCCAACCCUCCGCAUCCGUGCUGACGAUUCUGAUGAGGUUGAGCAGGAGAAGAAGGCCGAAGAGCUGCGCCGUUUCCGCUUCUGGCGCAACCUCCACCGCAAGAUCCGCGUC